GAACAACAACGCACUUCCUACUGACAUAAGUUAUUUGCAGAGCGUGUCUUCGCCUUGCCAGGAAACUACUAAAGUUCCUGUGGGAUCAAGUAGAAUUUUAUAAGAACAUAAUGGAUGGAGAGGAGAAAUCCUAUGGUGGCUGUGAAGGCCCUGACGCCAUGUAUGUCAAAUUAAUAUCUUCUGAUGGGCAUGAAUUUAUUGUAAAAAGAGAACAUGUGUUAACAUCAGGAACAAUAAAGGCCAUGUUGAGUGGACCAGGGCAGUUUGCUGAGAAUGAAACCAAUGAGGUCAAUUUCAGAGAGAUCCCUUCGCAUGUGCUAUCGAAAGUAUGCAUGUAUUUUACCUACAAGGUCCGCUACACUAACAGCUCCACCGAGAUUCCUGAAUUCCCGAUUGCACCUGAAAUUGCACUGGAGCUGCUGAUGGCUGCGAACUUCCUAGAUUGUUAAAUAGAAUAAAUUAUAAUAAACUGUUCAUUUUUUCAGUAUUUAAUACCUGUAGUUCAGUUAGUCAUUUUUCCACAUAUAGCAUGUUGCCUGUAUGAAAUUGAACUCUAAAGUUAAUUGCUGAGCAGAUUCCUACUGUCAUUUGCAUAGCAGAGUUGAAAUUUGUUUGCUACAUCAACAAAUUAAGGACGUUCACAAGCCAAGAAAUAAACAAAUAAUGCCAGUUUGUAGGUGGUUUGCUUUCUCCUUUGGAUGUGACCUUUAAAAUUAUAAGUAAUAUAGCAAAUUAUCCUGGAAUGUAAGCAUAAAUGAGCAUAUUCUACAGGUAAAUACAGGGGCUAAGUAUUUUAAGUAUUUUUAUGUUUUUAGUGUUUUUUUUAAGAACCAGUUCUGAUCUUACAGCCACUGAGCAUUACUAGAGUUAUGCAAAUAAUUACAUGAAAAAACAUGUUUAUAACUUAGCCAAACCUUGAUUUUUGUAACUCAGAAUAAGAGUUGAAAUUUCUUAUGUGUUUUUUGAUAAACUGCAAUAUUGUUUAAUUGCA